GUCAUCCAUCGCUUCUCUACGAGUGACGACGGGCAGGGGCAUGUCAUGGCUGACUAUUCGACAUUGCUCACACGUCUGUACACCCUCCUGGGCAGGACGGUCCGGGCUCCUCCUGUCCACCUGACCUGAUCGAAGCAAGAUACAGAAAGAAAGCGGACAGGUUGUGGGUGUGCGUGUCAGUCAUUCAUUCACAAUGGAUGGAUGGAUGGAUAGAUGGAGGGACGGGCGGCGUGACCUCACCCGGAGGGUGACAAGGGAUGGAGGGCACUGCGUAGCGGAUGCAUCGGGCGGCCGAAGCUGCAGCAACAUCUCACGUGGGUAUACGCACAUAACACUGCACGUGCGGCCUGCAACACAGUGUCCAACCACCCAAGGAGCAGCACAGCGAACGCACAUCAGCAUCGCGGGCCGUCUAUCCAAUCCACACCUACUUGGGUUGGAGCGUUUCCUGUGAACACAGACGUAGUGAUAGAUGCCGGCCAGCAACACCACGAUGAAGACCCUGAGGGAUAACCUGAGCACCAGAUCUUUGAUGAUCCACUCAUGUUUCAUCACAUUUUUACCUCAACACGUCCAGAGAGAUGGUCAUCGAGCGGAGAGAAAUCUCCAUGAGAGCUCCACCAACAGAUCCAAGC